UUUUCUAGGCUUCUCGUCAAGGCGAACCGCCUCGCUGACGAUGACGGGAAGACGCUUGGACUAGUUCUAGAGCGGCCCCCGGGCCCAAGAUUGCCAGCCGCCAGGGGUCGAACAUUUACAUGGCGGGACUGAAUCUAUAAAGCGGCGAUCAGCUGUACCAGAUCGACAGCUCCACAACUCCAGCAUCCAACUCUGUCCCUCCUUCGAAUUGAAGUUCAACGCCAUUCUCGCCGGCACUCUACCACUUGCUACGCUAGUCAGCGCCUCUCCAGCCCAAGACCCUCAGGCUGUUGCCGCUCGGCGCAUCAUCGAGCUGCAGGCGCAGUACUAGACCAACAUCCUCAACUCCAUCAAGAACAACCCCAGGUCGAAAUGCACGCCUGAGAAGCUGAUCCGCCGCAAGGAAUGGCCGCAAGGAAUGGUACACAUGCAUCCCCUUUCCCGUUCCCCAAAACGCCAUCACUAAUCCCAUCUCAGGGGCGCCAUGCCCAAGAAAGAGCGCCCCAGUUACGUCAACGCCGUGACGUGCCCCGCGAAUAAGCCAGCGCAGAGCGACGUCUCUGUGGUGCCCGGCGCGCGCGGCCGGUACGACGACUUCGUGGCGCUGCACCUGCUAAAAACACCCUUCGCACCCUUCGUGCACGGCAAAGGCCGCUUCCUGGGCUUCCACCGGGCAGCCGUACUAGGACUAGACGCUGUCCUACAAGGACCCUAACACGGCGAGCAUCUUCGACG